AUGACAUCGUCUGAUGGCGCACCAGAUCUAGAUCUCCUCUUGGAUAAACUGACCAAGAACAUCGCCAAAGAUGGUGAGAAAAAGCUCUUCACCUUUUUGGGACCUGGUUUGAACGGUGGCAAAAUACAAAAAUCGUACACAUACGAUUCAUUCAACCUUGAAACAUCGAAUCUGGCCCAACAUUUGCUUGAAAGUGGACUUCGUCAAGGAGACAGAGCGUUGUUGGUGUAUCCACCUUCUUUGGAUUUUAUGGUAGCAUUUUUCGCUUGCAUCAAGGUGGGAAUCAUUGCAGUCCCAGUCUUCCCACCAAACCCUGCUCGUCGCGAUUCGCUGCACAUGUUUGGUAAAAUCACAGAAAGCAGCGGCGCACAAGUGGCUCUGACCAACCAAGAAUACAACCAUUUAAAAAAACUGGCAAGUGUCAAAGAUGCUCUGACAAGAUUCAAAAGACCCCUUGGUUCUUGGCCCGAUAAUCUCAAAUGGAUUACAACGGACAAGGCAUCAUCCAGCUCCAACAAUGACACCCCAGGAAUCACAAUUGAACCUCAGGACAUAGCCUUCCUGCAGUAUACUUCUGGUUCUACAAGUGAACCAAAAGGUGUCAUGAUCACUCACGGAAACUUGGCCCACAACCUUACCAUCAUCACGAAUGAACUCGAGGCUACAGACGACACAAUUGUUGCUUCGUGGCUUCCACAAUAUCAUGACAUGGGAUUAAUUGGAAGCUAUUUAGGGGUUGCAUACUGUGGAGGAAGCGGGUAUUAUCUGUCUCCCUUGUCGUUCCUGCAGCGACCAAUGCUAUGGAUCGAGGCGGCCUCCAAAUAUCAAGCUACUCACUGUCAAGCUCCAAAUUUUGCCUUCAAACUGACUUCUCGAAAGUUCCAGGCCAGCAACUAUGUCAACAAACCAUUGAACUUGUCUUCGUUGCGCCAUAUAAUCAAUGCUGCCGAGCCAGUUGAUGAGGACGGUAUGCAGGCCUUCAUGAAAGCAUUUGGUCCAUUUGGAUUGAAACCUGUCAUUUUCCCGACCUAUGGUCUAGCAGAGCACACGGUUUUCGUUUGUUCGGGUGGGAAGCAAAUAAUAAGCGUAGACAAACAAAGGCUAGAAGUAGAUGGUCAAGUUGUCCUGAAAAAUGAUGGCAGUACUGACGAUGCCACGGUUUCCAGAUUGGUUGGGUGUGGAUACCCAGACCGACAAGGUGUCGAUGUCAGAAUUGUGGAUCGAGAGACCCGUAAAGUUUUACCAGAAGGAACAGUUGGUGAAAUCUGGGUUUCUUCUUCUAGUAAAGCUGGUGGCUACUUUCGCAAGGCAACUGAAACAAAGGAGGACUUUCACGCUACUGUUGAAGGUGACGAUGAAACACAAUUCCUUCGAACUGGUGAUCUAGGCUUUCUCCACAAUAAGGAGCUAUUCAUUUGCGGUCGAUUAAAAGAUUUGAUUAUUAUUGCUGGAAGAAAUUAUUAUCCACAAGACCUUGAGGCCACAGCAGAAUCAACUUCUGACCAAUUGCGACCUGGCUGUUCUGCAGCGUUUACCAUUGACCCAACCCAUGCAGGUGGCGAAGAAGUUGCGCUAGUAAUGGAACUGAGAGAGGUUCCCACAGAAAAGGAAGUCCAGAUUGUUUGCAAUCCACUGGCAGACCAAGUACGCUCAGCCAUCAACCAAGAGCACUCACUGGGUGUCAGUCAAAUUGUAUUUCUACAAACCAAAACUGUACCGAAAACAACGAGUGGAAAGAUCGCUCGUGCUUGGUGUCGGAAGGCAUUCAUUGGCGGAACGCUGAAAGUCGUCUUCAGGAAAUCAUUCAAAGAAGGUGCUUCUUCUUUUGAAGUUGAUCAAACCAGAACAAAUCAAAGCAAAGCACUUAGUGUAGAAGAUAUCGAAAAACUACGAAAGAAGAGCCGAGAUGACAUUCGUGAUCUAUUGCGAGUAGAAGUCUCAAAAGUGGGUCAAAUCCCACCAGACUGUAUUGACGACAAUACAGCCCUCAUCACUGUUCUAGACAGUCUCAGUCUAUCUCAAUUCAAGGGUAGCUUCGAAUCAAGCUAUGCUGUGAAAAUAUCGGACGAGUACUUGUUUCGGGAGGACACUACUUUGACAAAACUUGCAGAGGUAGUGAAGGCUGGAUACGCUGCCGACAAUAACGAAAAUGGCGGUGGAGGAACACAGUCUACUUCGGUUGCAAAUCAGAGCAAUGCCGGUGGUUUGGCUGGUGCACUUGGGUGUCCUCCUGGAGUAGUGUGCUGCAUCAUCCAAUAA